AUGAAAACUAGCGCCAUGCUCCGAAAUGCCCACCGCUCGCAGCCUUCUCCGCAUGCCAUGCUUUAUCGACGGUGGGCGAAACCGGUGGGUAAGUCACUGGCUCUGUGUGUAGGUAGCUAUUACGCCCUUUAUUGGGCCUGGGAAUGGCUAGAGAAGGAUGAACAGCGGUAUCAACUGGAGCAGAGGAAAACCGAACUCGCCAAACUGACGUAG